CUGGUAUCUAAACAUGCGUAAAACAAUUUAUCGUUUCUGUUUACCUCAGAUUGUAGUUGAAAUUGUGAACUGGAGAGUUGAAAAAAUAGAGAGACCUUUCUGCAACGUAUCUUUGGUCUACAAUGAAAACUCUUUUUAAGCUUACUAUCCUCAGAGUUUCAGACCGGGAGGGCUUCCCUUCCAUAAAUUUCGCUGUUUACAGGGAAAGCGGCGUGUUCUAGAACUUCAUGACUGGACAAAAAUAAAAGCGAAAUAACUGGAAAAGCAUUUCCUGCAGGGGUGCAGACUCAAUAAAAGAUAGCAAGCUAUCAAGGCAUGGUCAUGCAUACUGAAAAGAGUCAAGUCGUCACGUAUGCUUAUAAGGCUGUUAGUUUAUAAAACACAACAUUUGAUUUUGAAAACUUGGUGCAUAACGUAAUCAGGAUGAUGCAAAAUGACUGAUGAAAAAAAAAAAUACCUUACACCGUAUGCAACUCAGUUGCUUUCAUGCGUCAGAGGCAUUCGAGUGAAAGAAAACUUGAGGGUACACAAAAAAUAUGUUUCAUGUUUUAUAGUUUCUUAGGUUAAGAAAGAUGAUAGCAGUUGUAGAAACGACAGACAAAUACCCCAUAUGUACGUUGUGGGACCCGGAUUUAUGCAGGAAGAAGAAAACAUUGACGCUUCCAUCUGACAAAGACAUAUAUUGCAACAGAUUUGUUGCAGUGGAUUUCACAUUUGACUCAAAAUUUAUCGUAUUGGUCACUGGAGAGCCUGAUUUCAGCUUGUAUUGCUUUAAAUGUGACAAAGGAAGAUUAGAUAGCUUCGCUAGAGCAAAUAAUACGAAUUCUACAGGAACUGUUACACAGGUCGCCUGCAAUCCAAAUGAUCCCAAUCAGCUAGUUGUCAUUGGAGACUCAGUACUUCGAUGUUUGGGAUGCUCGGAAUUUACUUGGAGACAGUUUGGAUACGGUAAAGUCGAAUACAUAGUUUACACAAGCUGUUGCUGGUUAUCUCAAGACAGGCUAGCUGUCGGUACCGCUUUUGGAAGGCUGAUGAUGUUAGAAGCUGGCGAGCUUAGAGCAGUUUUCAAUGCAAAUGACCUACCAUUCAUCAACAUGAAACUGCGAGAAGAGUUGGACGACUCAUCUCAGACAAGCUUGACUAACGUAGGUCAUUCCGAUCCUACUCUGGGAAUCAUGGACGUUGGUGAAAACUAUGAGAUCCGCAGCAUCGUCAAUUUUAAUCGCGGCUUCGCAUUUGGGUAUAUGAAUGGCCGAAUCCAUCUCUAUGAGAAAGAAACUCCGCACAAGUACAAGAAAAGGGGCGUUUUCCGAAUACCGGAUAGAACAAUACAUAGGGAAUACGAGGAUGAUCCACUGCCCUUGACUACUGUCAAUACUAUUGUUAUCAACCCAUCGCAAGACAGAAUUUUGGUCUCGUGUUUGGAGAUGCAAAUAUGGACAGCUAGAAUAUGGGCUCAUGACAAUAACACUGGACCAGAGAUCAAUAUGAAAGACUUCGGAUACACUAUCCAUAUGGGACCAGUCGUAGCCUUGGCAGUCUGUAGAUGGAAACCCAUCGUUAUUUCAGCUGGUAGCCGAGAUCGCUCAUUAAAGAUCUGGAACUACGAAUCUCUUGAGACUGAGCUGGUACAGAACUUCGAGGACGACAUUUUCUCAGUGGCGCUGCAUCCGACCGGACUGUAUGCUGUAGUGGGUUUCUCGGACAAGCUCCGUUUCAUGACGAUCAUGAUCGACGACAUCCUAAACACUAAGGAGUUCAACAUACGAGCUUGCAGGCUGACAAGUUUCAGCAAACUGGGCCAUAUGUUUGCUGCUACGAAUGGAAACAUUAUCCAGAUCUAUUCUAGCAUCAAUUUUCAACAAAUGUAUGUGUUGAAAGGACAUAAUGGAGAGAUAACUAGCAUGUCAUGGUCCUUUGACGAUAGCAUUCUGGCUACUACAGGCAGCGAAGGAGCAGUAUAUGGUUGGGACAUCGCUUCCUCCACUCGACAGUAUGAAACUAUCAUCAAGUCAAACAACUUCAAAUCUGCCGCCAUUUCAAAGGACUCCAGAAGCAUCUAUGCAGUAGGUACUGACGGCCACUUGAGAGAACUGAUGAAUUCUAAUGUCUACAGGGAUGUGGUGAUUGCGGAUCAUCAAACUCCACUGGAUGCGGUUGUGUUGUCGGCGCUUGACACUAUGUUGUUUGUGUCAGGAAAUCAAGGAGUCAUAUAUAACGUCAAAUUGCCGCUAAUGGAGAAAGCGGAGUUCAUAGAAUACAUGAUGCAUAGUAAUAGUGCGCCGAAGAUGGUAUUAUCAUCAGAUGACAGAUACAUGAUCACAGGAACGGUAGACGGUUAUCUUUGUUUUUGGAAGCUGUUGAACAUAGAAGACAAGGCCAUCAAACUUGAUCUAGUUGCAGCGAAUGAAAUUCUGAUAUCCAAACAUGUCCUUGAGGAAAAAAUGGAAACAAUUAAAAACUUGUCAUUGAGAAUGAAGGAAUUAGAGACAGAACAUUCUUAUCAAGUACGACAGAAUGAAGCAGUGCAUGCUUUAAAGAUGAAGGAUAUCCAUGCAGGGUACUGUAAUGCAAUUGAAGAAUUGAAGCUUAAAAAUGAGCAAAUGGAAGCUGAGCACCUUCAAGAAAUAAACAAUAUAAACGCUCAGAUAACCAAGAAGAAUCAAGAUCAUCAGCUCUUUGUACAAAAGCUAGAGGCCAGUUAUAACGAAAAGCUGAUCGUUGAGUACAACAAGUACAUUAGUAUGGAGAGUAAAAUGGAGCAAAUGUUGAAAGAGGAGGAAGAAAGAUACCAACAGCUGAAGCACGAAAAAGAGGAAUCUGAAAAGCGGAUCACCAAAGAUUUUCUGCAACAGUUGAAUGAGAAACAAAUACUUUAUGAUGAUUUAUUGGUAGAACUGAGAGAAAAGGCGAAGGAACACGAAUUAAUAAAACAACAAAUCGAAGAUGAUGCGGAUAGGGAAAUCUGUGAGUUGAAAGUCGCCCACGAGAAAGAACUGAAAGAAGAACAAGAUCUUAACAUCCGUCUGAGAGGAGAAUCUGCUGUGGUUAAGAAAAAGUUUUUGGCUGCGCAGAAAGAUUCCGAGGACUUGAAACACCAGGUUUAUUCAAUGGAAGCCGAACAUAUCAAGUUUAAAAACAUAAUUGUCGGACUAGAGAGGGAGAAUGUGGACAACAAGAAAGAAAUACAGGAAAGAGACCAAACCAUUGAAGAGAAAGAGAAAAGAAUAUUCCAACUCAAAGGGAAAAAUCAAGAAUUAGAAAAGUUCAAAUUCAUACUCGAUUUCAAGAUUAAAGAACUCAAAUCUCAAAUCGAACCUAGAGAACGCACAAUACAAGAACAGAUCACACAAAUAAAUGAAAUGGUUCGUGAACUAGAGAAUCUUCAAAAAGUCAUUCUUAAUUUGGACUUGCAAUUAGCCGAACUGAGAGAGAAGCUUUCCGCUUCCAACAAUGAGGUUAAGAGGGAGAUAGAGAAAAAUAGAAGGAUGAAAAAAGCCCUUCAAGCAAUCAGAAUCGACAUACAUCAUGCUAGUGGUCUUAUAAAAAAUGUCCCAGCACUACAAAAAGCUGUACGAGACAUGUAUCAUAAGUAUGACGCUGACAAAGAUUUUGAAGUUACGCAAGCGGAAGAUACUGAAGCCAAAAGCGAAUUUCUACGACAAAGAGAUUUCUUGGAAAGAACGGUGGCUACCUUGCACUAUCAGGCUACGAAAAGCACCACAGUAUUGAGUUACGACAAGGUCCGUUUGGUGGACGAAAAUGCAGCAUUACUAGUUGAAACGAAUAAGCUGAGGAAAAACUUACAAGAAGAAAUAAAUCAAAAGCAGAAAUUGAAUUCGCUGGUUGGUUUGUCGUACAUUUCUCCCAAACAAGCACAGCAAAAAGUUAACACAGCAGCUGAGACUAACAAGCAGAUACACACUAUGUACAAAAAUCAAAUUGAGGAGAACGAUAAAACAAUAAAUGCUUUGAAAGAAGAAAAUAAUAGGCUGCUGAACAAGAUUGCAGAAAUAGAUUAUUCAGAAUCCAAGGAAGAUGAUUUAUUAAAAGAGCCAUAACCAAAAAGCUCUAUAUAAUUAUUUACUUUAAAAUGUAUUUGUUAAGUUACUGAAAAUCAAAACUAUCAUAAAGGCAAUAAAUUUAUCCCUUUGAGGUAAAAGGUAAUGUUGGUAUGAAAGUUUAUUGUUCUCAGAGAAAUGUUGAUGAAAUAUUGACACUGU